AACAAUUUAUUAAUUUUACAACUGGUGACGAAUAAAGGGCCGCAACGGCCUCCUUAAAAAUACAGAGGGUAAAAAAGUUCUGUAAUAAAAAAGUAGGGAGUAAUCAACAAAAAUGGCAACAUUAUUCAAAACUUUCAUUUUUGCCGCCCUUGUUGGGAUUGCGCUUGCUUUUGAUAAAUCCCUAGUUGUAACGACUACAGAGGGAAAUGUGGAGGGAAAUUUAUCCCCUAGCGGUCUGUAUUAUGAGUUUUUGGGCAUUAGGUAUGGAGUUCCUGUGAAAUUUAGGGCACCAGCUGCACCCCCCUCAUUUUCUGGCAUUUAUAAAGCAGACCAUCAAGCAGUACUUUGCCCCCAAUUCGCUACAUAUGACCCACUAGCCGCCCCUAGUGACAACGAAGACUGCCUGGUCUUAAAUAUAUUCACCCCAGCCUUUAUUAACUCCACCUGUCCCGUUAUGGUCUUCCUCCACGGUGGAGACUUUGGCAUCGGCUCUUGCUCUUCAAUCUUCUACGGCCCGCAGUUCCUUAUCAGUCACGGAGUAAUUGUGGUCACAGUCAAUUACAGGCUAAACGUAUACGGCUUUCUUAAUCUUGGUACUAAAGAUGCCCCAGGGAACGCUGGACUUAAAGAUAUUAGGGCGGCGCUGAGGUGGAUACAGAAUAACAUACGAAAUUUCCAAGGAGACCCGGAUAAUGUAACUGUGUUCGGACAAGGCAGUGGCGGAGUUGCAGCUAUAUACUUAACCAUGUCGGACAGCACAAAGGGUUUAUUCCACAGGAUUAUAUCCGAAAGCGGUACGCCGUUUUCGCCGCGGUCAUUCGAUCAUUUCCCGUUAACAACCGCUAGUAAUAUCGCCAAAUGUUUGAGUCUUAAAUCUAAGGACCCUAAAGCUCUGUUCAAACUCUAUUCAGAAACUCCUAUCGCUAAAGUAGAAGAAGCUAUAGAGACACAACUGAAUGCGAAAUCAGUAUUCUUGCCAUCCGUUGAGAAAGUAUUCAAAGAUGAAGAACCAUUUUUAACAGACACACCGUAUAAUAUUCUUACGAAAAAACCCAACUGUUUCCAUCCUGUCCCAACGGUUAUAGGCAUAAACACAGUGGAAGGUCUAUCCAGCAUUUUAGACUACGAAACUGUGACCAAUCAAAUGAACAGAAUAGAAAACGAAGAUUUCUCCACGCUAGAUCAGAGGAACUUCGUUGUACCAACUGAGGAAAAGGAGGAAUUUAGGCAACUACUCAAAGAUACGUUUUUCGCAGACAUAUCGUCGGAUGAAUCGUUGGUUGGUGGGAUUAUUAAUAUGAACACAGAUUUCUGUUACGUCGGGCCUUUGGCGUUGUUUGCUGAGUUGUAUGGGAAUAAUACAGACUUAUAUCAAUACAUUUUUAGCUACGUUGGUAACAGGAAUCUAGGAAGGUUGCUAACUAACAGUAGCUUGCCAGCUACGUCUCAUACGGAUGAAUUGUUUUACGUGUUUGACUUGGAGAGGCUACCGUUGGUGAUGGAUGAAAAUGAUGCAAGGAUUGUCACGUUCAUGACUCAAAUGUGGACUAAUUUUGCUAAAUAUGGCACACCAACCCCAGAUACCACAAACGGCGAGUGGCUACCAUUCCCACACCAACUAGCUAUCGACUUAGAACCACAGUACGUCGCGCCUCUCACACCCGAGAGGGCGCAGUUCUGGCGCGCCCUUUUCCUCAAAUAUGGCGCUGACAUGUCUUGCAAGUGAUGGCAACAUUGUUGAUAUUUGACAGCUGUCAAAGUGUUGCAUAAUU